AUGUCCAUCAGCAAGGAAGAAGCCGAGGCCCGCCUUAAAGCCCGGAAGCCCAUUCCGAAGCCGAAACCGGCCUAUCUUCCCGUAACCGGGUCGCCGCUGACAGUUGACAAGGAACUGUACAGCACAAUCGCUGCCGCCCCGCGCGUCUUGAUCGAGGAGUUCGUACUACCCAUCAGGUCCGGAAGGGCUUGGAAGGCACCUGCCGGGUCGAUUGUACGCAUCAGCACCCCCGAGGGUCCGCAGGUUGGAGACCUGAAUAUCUGGAAUGCUCAUAACCCAAGAGAGAGAUUCUGGGCAUCUCGCACCAAGCAGCUCUACGCUUCUCACGUCUCGACGUACGACAGGCUGUGGUCGUGUCUGCCUUACAUGCGACCCCUUGUAACAAUCAUCGGCGAUAGUCUCUCAUGGUACGGCGUUGAUGAGCAUGGUGGUCGCGUUCACGAUUUGCUUGGUACCAGGUGCGAUGGGUACAUUUCGAGCGUGCUCUCGGGUAAGGGGUACGACUUCCAUUGUCACUCCAAUCUCACGCGGGCUGUAAUUCCCUUUGGCCUAAACGAGGGCGACGUGCACGAUGUCAUCAACAUAUUCCAAGUCACGGGCCUAGACGAACAGGGCCGCUAUUUUAUGAAUCCUUGCCCUGCGCAGAAGGGAGAUUACAUCGAGUUCUUGGCCGAGCAAGAUAUACUGAUGGCUCUAAGUACAUGCCCGGGUGGUGACUUAUCCUUAUGGGGCUUCGGUGCUGACAGCGAGAAGGAGAUGAUUAAAUGCUGCAGGCCGCUAAAAGUCCAAGUCUUCACGCUCGAGGAUGUAGAUCUCCUGCAGAGGGGCGGAUGGAAACCUGCUGAGCCUGCAGCGUACAAGGGAAUGCAUGGCUUGGUCGUGCCCGAGGGAGAACAUGGUGUUCCUAUUACUAAAUCAUAAAAGAAAAAGUAUAAAUAUUCCAAUUUUUCCCGAAACGCUAAUGCAAGAUAAAAUAUAGCAAUGCAUAUCGUGAACUUAAUUACGUGCCAGAACCUUCGUGUUCGUGAUAUGACGAUGCCGGAUCCCAGAACCCUACGCGCCCCGCUCCUCCACCCCGUUGUAUGCGAUGUUGUUGUUUUUGGACUUGGAGGACGUCACCACGCCCUUGGUAGCGAGGUCCUGGAUGCGCUGGCAC